AAUAUAAAGUUGGUAAAUCUUUUGUUGGAGUCUGCAAUUUAAUAGAGGAUGAGUUGAUUUGGAAUAAGUUAAAAAUAGGGGUACUGGUAAGUUUGAUAGUAGGAGGUGGAGAGAUUAUUAAGGGAUUAC